ACUGAGGAGUAGAAGACGUGGACGCAGCCGGGGAUGAGGCUGUCGAGUGAUCUGUGUUCUGGUGCUGCCGAGGCUUCCUGUCCGGGUGAAUGGUCAGCCCCGCGGACCAAUGAGAGGGCAGCCGUGCGGACGCAACAGUGAUCCAGGAAAAAACACACCAUUGUUCCUGGACCGUCGCGCAAGUGUGACCUCCCUGCCGCCGGCUUCCCCUGCUCCACUUGGAGGACACCCAGAACCCACUGCCAGGUCACGAUGAGCGGAGGCACCAACGUCAAGUCGGCCCUUCGCCCUCCUGCGGCACCCGGAGCCUCCCUCCGCUGCAGUCUUCUGCCCUGCUCUCCCAAAAGUGACUUGCGUCACCGCUCCGUGGAUCGGACCUUGAGCCAGGCUCCCACACGCACUCCCUCGCCGCAGAGCUCUUCCAGCCGCAUCCUGACCAUCAAGGACCAGCGGCGGGAACUGAAAACCCAAGUCCUUCAGCGCUCAGGGGGGCUCCCUGUUCUCCAAAGCUCCCGUUCUGCCUACAGCAGCCCCAUCACCCCACGCCGAGUGCCUUCACCUCAUUCCAAAGACACUCUCGACCUAGCAAGGCCUUCCACCAGCCUGACACCUGACGGCAAUCACAACACCAGGGCCUUUACCAACAAGAACCAAGCCUGGCGGGCCAGCCACCUUCGACCCCCGACCCAGAUGAGAAGAGGCCACAACGUGCAGCGUCCACGGAAAGAGCCGGAAACCCAGUUGGCCCAGGUGGACAACAGCAACCUGUUCUUACCUCAUGCUAACACAGCAGCAGUCGACAGAUGUCACAGCGGCUCCAACAGCCAAUCGGAUGAGGAGAUGGGUACGCCUGAGUGCAGCCCGCCGUGCUCUCCUCAUACCCACUCCGUUGCCAACCACAUGACCUCUAGAGAACCGCACACACCUCGAGUCAACAUGGCCACCGUCGCCCCCUUCAGUUUCAAGCUGCAGCUGCAGGACGGAGAUGUCCCAGGCGAUGAGCUGAGCGACUGUUCCUCCGGAUCCAUCGACGUCUGCUGCCAUGACAUCGCAGGAGGGAUGCUGGAGGCGAACGUGACGGCGAAGCCCAGAGAGCUGGAUGUCUCCAGCCAGGAUCCUUCAGUCCAGAUCAUGUCCGGCAGGAAGACCUCUGCCCUGCCACAGGCGCCGCCACGCUCUUCAGGGUCAGAGCUGAAGGUCUACAAACCCACCUCCGGAUCUAUUCCGCUCGCAAACCCAUCCAAGCUGCGAAAGCAACGUUCCCUCACUAACUUGUGCGUCCUGACUGACGCUGAAAAGAAGCUGCACCUGUACCAGACUCCCAAGUGGGCAGACGACGCUGGACGACCUGCCGCUGCCUCCAGCCAGGCGGCCCCAGCCAAGACGGCUCAGGCUGGAGGUGGGAAAGCCCAGCUGUCCCGGACGCUCUCCAAAUCUGAACAGUCGCUCUUCCAGGGAAAACCCAAACCGCUGGCCUCUACAGCUCCCAACAUCAGCAGGCCCAGUCGAAUCCCAGCACCCGGCAAACCCAGAGGACUGUGCGCUGAGGUGAAGCCCAUCAGCAAGGGCGCUGAGGAGGGCGAGGACCUCAGCGAUCACCCCAAAAAAGCCGGCGCUGCCGGGGCAGCCAAUCUUGGAACUAACGUGAAGAAAGCAUCAGAGCAAGCUGCUGCUCCGACACCUGACGAGAAGAAAGGUGUCGAGGGAGAGCAGGACAAGAGCUUCCUCAAAGUGGACCCGGAGCUGGUGGUGACCGUUUUGGGCGACUUGGAGCAGCUUCUCUUCAGUCAGAUGCUUGACCCGGAGUCCCAGCGGAAGAGGACGGUGCAGAAUGUCCUGGACCUCCGUCAGAACCUGGAGGAGACCAUGAGCAGCCUGAGAGGAGUGCAGCUGAGCCACAGCGCCGUGGAGGGUCCCGUGUGUUACGACAGCGACGAAGCUGCCGCCUUUUCCAUGUCCAGCUUCUCCAGUCGCUCCUCGCCGCUGUCAUGGCGACACGGUCAGGCCAGUCCUCGCCUGCAGGCGGGAGACGCUCCGUCCACAGGCAGCACCCACACAGACCUUCCGCUCCGCAUCAGCCACACCGCCAGGAUCCACCUGAUCGAGGCUCUGGAGGACUCGGACCCGGCCCUGCUGAAGGGGAACUACCUCAGCGACCGGAGCCCCGUCGAGGAAGACGACGAUGACGAUGUUGAUAUCGACGAUCUGGAGAACGGCUGGGAUGAGAGCAGCUCCAUCAGCAGCGGCUUGAGCGACGGCUCCGACAACCUGAGCUCGGAGGAGUUCAACACCAGCCCCACGCUCAACUCUCUGCCCACCUCUCCCGUGGGAUCACGCAGAAAUUCUGCUGUGGUGAUGCGGACGGAUGCUGAGAAGAGGUCUUUGGUGGAGAGCGGUCUGUCCUGGGACAGCGAGGAGCGCAAACCCAGCCGCAAGAGCCUGGGCGGCGGCGUCUACGAUCCGGGGAACCUCAAGUCUGAAUCAGCCACCAAGUGGACGAAAAGCCGUCCGGCAGGGGACGGAGGGGAGGUGACCAAGGGGGAGCUGAAGAGACCCCAGACCCUCAGCCACGCGCUGAAGAAAGGGAGGAACCCGCCUGUGGGGGUGACUUCUCCCAUCACGCACUCGGCCCAGAGCGGGCUGAAGCUCCCAUGUGCCUCGAAAGCCGAGGGCAAGCCGACCGAUAAGAGUCGCCUGGCGCUGAAGAAUUCCAGCCUCCAGCGUUCUUCCUCCGACGCAGGGAAAGACCACGGGAACGGCUCCAGUGAGCAGCGCAAGCCGCCCUCCGGCUUGGUCCGGCCGUCGACAGGUGGCAGCUUUGGCUUCAAGAAGCCCAGUUCGGCAGGCUGCAACGGCACGCAGAACCCCAACACGUCCGGCGGGCUCAGCGGAAUUCCUUCCCCAGCUGCCAGCAAGACUCCCAAGACCUCUGGUAUCCCCGUCAAGCCAGGAGCUGGCGGCGGCGCCAGCGUCCGCAAGACCAGCCUGGAUGUGUCCAGCAGCGACCCCAGUGGGUUUCUGUCGCCCAACGCGAGGACCUCCCUUCAGUACCGCUCUCUGCCCCGCCCGGCCAAAACAAGCGCUCUGACGCUGACCCGGCCCAGCUCCGCCCGCCCUGUCAGCACCACCGUCGACACAGCGCCGCAGGGCCUGAAGCUCAAAGACCACUGCCCCAGCAAAGCGAGUGGCCGCAGGAUCCCCAGCCCUGGUCCAGUCAACCAAACGGACCGGGAGAAAGAGAAGGAGCGGGCCAAAGCCAAAGCCGUGGUGUCCGACUCAGAGUGUGGAGGAGGCUUGCUGAAAGGGAGUUCUGCUCAGGUGCCUUCGGAGAACGGCGUGAAGCUGCAGGGACUGAGGCCGCCGAGCUACAGCAAGGGCUCGGAGCUGCCGUCGCCGGGCUCACACAGGGUGCGCAGCCUGAGCAAGCCUCCGUCCGUGGCCCAGCUGGACAAGCUCAACUCCAACAAUCUGGAUGAGGACUUCCAGGACCCUUUGCCACCGAAGAUCGCUCCUUACUCCGAGCCCAGCAGCUUGACUCCUGGUCCGGCACCUCAUCUCACCGCUCCCUCCCGGUUCUCAGGGUCGGGCAUUGGUUUGGGACCCAGACAGGUCACGUCUCUGGGCGUGGAGGAGAGCGGCAGAAGCGCCUCGCCGCUGCUCUACCCUCGACUGUCCGGGCUGCACCGCAGCAUGGAGUCGCUGCCCUUCCAGAUGAGCCUGGCUCCAGAGCCGCACGGCAGGGACCAGGACAGGGGGGCGGUGGGGACAGAGCCCAGAGAGCGGAGCAGACAGGCUGUCAGCUGGAGCUGCGGCAGUAAACUGUCCCGGACUGCAGCCGACAGCUCCCACCGAGACCGGAACACGCUGCCGAAGAAAGGACUGAGCUUCAACAGCGCCUCACAGCUGGAGGAGGAGGAGGGGGGGGACGUGAGCGACUGCCUCGGCCUCCCCUCGCUGUCCUCUCCCGCUUCUCUCCCACGGACUUCCAAGACGAGCCUGGUGUCCAGCCCAGGGGGCCCUCCCAGGAUGACCCGAUCCAACAGCAUCCCCACGCACGACAGCGCCCUGGACCUGGGGAGCACCUUGUCACUGGCCGAGCGGCCCCGCAGCAUGGGAAUGGUUCGCUCCGGCUCCUUCCGGGACAAAGAUCCCUGCGAUGAAGUUCACGGCUCCGUGAUCUCCUUGGCGUCCAACGCGUCCUCCAGCUACUCCUCGGCCGAGGAGAGGCUCCAGGGCGAGCAAAUCCGAAAGCUGAGGCGAGAGCUGGAGUCUUCUCAGGACAAGGUGUCGACUCUGACCACGCAGCUGACCGCCAACGCGAACUUGGUGGCAGCCUUCGAGCAGAGCUUGACCCUGAUGACCACUCGUCUGCAGUCCCUCUCCAUCAGUCACGAGCAGAAGGACACCGAGCUGAUGGAGCUGAGAGAAACCAUUGAAGCGCUGAAGGCCAAAAACGAGGAGGCCCAGGCCGUUAUCCACGGAGCUCUCCACAACCCCGACCACAUGAAAGACGUGAGCAUGCGCCGGCAGAACUCCUGCGAAAGCAUCUCCAGCCUCAACAGUCUGACCAGCAUGUCCAGUGUGGGAAGCCUGAAGGACCAAGACGCCAAGAAGAAGAAGAAAAAGAGCUGGCUGAGAAGUUCCUUCAACAAAGCCUUCAGCAUCAAGAAGGGCUCCAAGACGUACUCGGACAUCGAGGAGAUCGCCACCCCGGAGUCGUCGGCUCCAAACUCGCCCAAGAUGCCUCACGACGCGACGGAAACCCUGGAAGCCUCCAAGUGCGGCGACGACUCCUGCUGUGAGUUUGCAGCGUCGGGGCAGGAGAUGGUGAGCGAGGACGGCGGGGAGCGGGCGGUGUCAGAGCUGCGCUCCGAGCUCUGGGAGAAGGAGCGAGCGCUGACGGACAUCCGGCUGGAGGCGCUGAACUCGGCUCACCAGUUGGAGCAGCUGCGAGACGCCAUGAACAACAUGCAGGUCAGUCAGGAUGCCGCCGUCCACCGGGGGGCGCUCCUCCACCUGACGUCCGUCCUCCUCGGUGCCCAGUCCACAGUGGAGUGUCUGAAGGCAGAGAACGACCACUUGAAGAUCGGCUCACGGCUGCAGCAGCCCGGGCCCGGACCCUCCUCGUCCGCCUCGCAGCCGUCCGGCCUGGGAGCACCGCCGCUGCAGCCCGUGAGCACGUCCCUCACCAAGUCCUUCAGCCUCAGUCUGGCCGAGUCCUCUGUGUCAUGUCCACGUGACGAGGUCUGCGCUCGGGUCCUGGUCCGCAGCACCGACCCGCUCCAGGACGGCAAACGCCCGCCGGACCACUACCUGGGCUCGGUGCUGGUCAGCAGCAGGACCGACUGGACGACUCUGGACUCUCUGGUCGCCAAAACCUUCAGGGACUACCUGAGUCAGGUGGACCCCACGGCCAGUCUGGGUCUGUCCAGUGACUCCCUGCUCAUGUACCAGCUGAGCCAGGGCGCCGCCCGAGUUGUCGGUGGAGAGAUGCCAGCGGGGUGUCCGCACCGCUGUCUUGGCAGUGGGACUCCCCGCGUGGUCGUCUCGCUGAAGGGGCUGCAGCAGGACAGUGUGGACUCUCUGGUGUUCGAGACACUCAUCCCGAAGCCCAUGAUGCAGCACUACAUCAGCCUGCUGCUCAAACACAGGCGCCUGGUUCUGUCCGGCCCCAGCGGCACCGGGAAGACCUACCUGGCACAGCACCUGGCUCGCUACCUGCUGCAGCGGGCCGGCGGCCACGGCACCACCGUCUCCUUCAACAUGCACCGUCAGUCUGAGAAGGAACUGCAGCUGUAUCUCUCCGACUUGGCCAGUCAGAUGGAGCGAGAGGCCGCUGCAGACACGCCCCUGGUGGUGAUCAUCGAUGACGUGGGCAACUCGGCCGCCAUCACGGAGCUGGUGAACGCCGCACUGACGUGCAACUAUCACAAGUGCCCGUACGUCAUCGGCACGACCAAUCAGCCCGUGAAGAUGUCGUCCAAUCACGGACUGCAUCUCAGCUUCAGGAUGGUCACGUUCUCCAACAACGUGGAGCCGGCCAACGGCUUCCUCCUCAGAUACCUGCACAGGAAAGUGCUGGAGUCCCAGCAGCAGCCGGAGGAGGAGGAGCGCCAGGCCCUGCUGCCUGUGCUGGACUGGAUCCCUCAGCUCUGGUACCACCUGCACGCCUUCCUGGAGAAGCACAGCACCUCAGACUUCCUCAUCGGUCCCUGCUUCUUCCUCUCCUGCCCGGUGACGGUGGCGGAGAUCCGCCAGUGGUUCAUCGACCUGUGGAACCACUCCAUCAUCCCGUACCUGCAGGAGGGAGCCAAGGACGGCAUCAAGGUGCGGGGCCAGAAGGCGGUGUGGGAGGACCCGGUGGAGUGGGUGAGAGGGACGCUGCCGUGGCCCGACGCUCAUCAGGACCAGGCCCGGCUCUUCCACCUUCCCCCGCCCAGCGUCGCCGUGCACAGCGAGGAGCGCAGGAAGCCCGUCAGAGAGACCCCGCCCCCGAGCGCGCUGGACUCCGACCCACUGAUGGCGAUGCUGCUGAAGCUGCAGGAAUCGGCCAACUGCGUGGAGUCUCCGGAGCGCGAGGGAAGCCUGGAUCCCGGCGCCCUCCAGGCCACCUUCUGAGCCUGGACUCCACCAGGCUCCUGCAAGUGCAUGGAAACCGGCGCAGAAAGCACUUUAUUCAUCACAUUGGUAUUUGGACUGUCGGCGCUGACUCGGCAACAGUGAUCACGCAGGACUUGAGCAGUGUGCGGCUUGGCGCAGCCUUGAAUGUGUUCUCAGCAUCGGCCCAGACCUCGGUGCCGGCGCUUGCCUUUCUUUUCUACUUCGGUGUCGGGUCACACUCCUGGCGCUUUGGGAUUUUCUUUUGUCGGACUAAUCUGCUGCUUCCGUUGCCCUCGAGGAGAUGCCCGACUUCCUGUCGUCCGGCUGGUUCAUCCGGACCGUCAGUGGAUGCUUGAGUCCACCUGUGCCUGAAACACAACGGCGGCCUGAGGAGCAGGAGCCCCGCCUCUGACCUCAAGCCAGGAGAGCCAGAUGUUUGCUGGAGUAGUGGAGAGUGGACCUGCCACCGGAGAAGACCUUGGUUCUGAUCCUGGGUUGCCAUGUUAUUUUAAAGCUUUGUUUUUCUUAUGCAAAGAUUUGUAAAGAUUUGUUUUGUACAUGACGUCACUGUUGUAAAAAUCCAACUGUAAAUAGUCUGCGACAACAAUCAGAAGAAGUGUGUGACUCUACCGACUGUGCUCUGGGACACAGCACGUCCUGGGAGGUUUUGGCUGUGAGGCAUGUUUAUAGGAAAACCUUCGAUCCCGCUCCGCCAUCCAGACAAUAAAGUCACGCCAUUAUUUACAUGUGUUUUUGC